AUGGACUUAUAUCAGAGCCCGGCGCCCACCCUCCUGACCUGGUGGCCGUUCGCUACACCUCUCACUUCCCGCUUCACCCGCUUGUCUGAUCUUUCAUUAUCACACCUUCGCUCUGGCACGUGCUCUUGGUUACAAUCAAUUCCCGUCCAUUGUGGUCCCGUCUCCGACAAAAAAGGAAGAUUGCUCUGCUCACGUGUGCCUGAGCCUUGUUUGGUCGAUUUCCUGCAUACCGCCCUUCGUUAUCCAACUAAGAGUCAACAAGACAUAAUGAAGUCGUCUUUGGUGGCCUUCAUCGGUCUCGCCGCCACCGCCAACGCGGCUGCUGAAAAGAAGCCUGACAGCCCUCCCCCUGCUGGAUGCAGCACGUCUUACGAUGGCAAAUUCCAAGUCUCCAUUUACUCCCUGGGAGAUGCGAAGCGUGAUCUCCAGAAGCGCGCUUGCGGCGGUGAAGGCACUCUGAUAAUGACGCUGCACGACGGUGUUUUGAAGGACGCCAAGGACCGAACUGGCUCCAUCGUCGCCAACUACCAGUUCCAGUUUGACGGUCCUCCUCAGGACAAUGCGAUAUACACUGCUGGUUUCUCUGUCUGCAACAAUGGCUCUCUUGCCCUCGGUGGUUCCACUGUCUUCCAGAGAUGCCUCUCUGGGAGCUUCUACAACUUGUACGACCGCAACUGGGCCGCUCAAUGCCAGCCCAUUGAGAUGGUGGUGACGUCUUGCGACGCUGGCAACAACCCUCCUUCGGGCGGCAGUGGCGGCAAACCCGUCGGCACGAGCAUGGUUCCGACCGCCAUCGUGACUGUCCUCCCGGAUGGGCAGCCUCAGGUCCACAGCACCGUUGUUCCUGUUCCCAUGUGUCAGAUUGGAGAUGGUCAGGUCCAAGCCCACACUACGCCUUGUGCUGCCGUCCCUCCCGUCAGUCAGAUCUCGGAUGGCCAGCCUCAGGCUCCAAAGGGUGCCCCUGCACUCUCUCAAAUCUCGGACGGCCAGAUCCAGGCUCCCACGGCCCGGCCUCCUCCCGUUUCCCAGAUUGCAGACGGCCAACCCCAGGCUCCUACCAAGGCGGCUGCUCCGGCACCACCAGUCAGCCAAAUCUCGGACGGCCAGCCGCAAGCUCCCAAGAAGACUGAUGUCCAGCCGCCACCUGUCAGCCAAAUCUCCGAUGGCCAGCCGCAAGCUCCCAAGGAGACGGAUACUCAAAGCUUUACCACGAGCACCGUGGAGAGCCAUACCACUGCCGCUGAAAGCCAGAAACCCACACCCACCGCUGCCGCGCACAAGAUUCUGCCUGGUCUUGCCACUGCUGCUAUUGCGGUCAUUGGUCUUGCCAUGCUGUAA